CACACUUGGGUGUGGAGGGAGCGAGGCUGCAGGUCCAGGGGAGCUGCUUAUGGCAGACGAUCAGCCAGGCUCACUAAGCAACGCCCACAGCGGCUCAGAGACCAAGGCCCCGUCUGAGGGCGGCCAGGAGGAUGCCCUGAGCCUCCAGAGGACGGUGUUCGAGAGCCCUGGGUCCAGGGACUCGAUCAAGUCCCAGGACCUGGAGGAUGCGGAGCUGGGGUACGAGGUCCAAGAGGAAGAGGCCCUCCCGGAGGAGGAGGUGAACGCAGAGGAGUUCCUGGAUGACCAGAGCCCAGAAGAGGCCGCUUCGGGGCAGGAGCUGGAUCUGGACAAGGAUCUGGACAAGGACACGGAGGAGGCCGUGCCUGAGAUGAGCCGGCUGUCCAUUUCCCCGGGGGUCCCCAGCAUCUCCAAGCCCAGGUGCAGGAGGCGGCGGAGGAUCUAUGACCUGGCUAAGCCCAAGAUCAACUGGCAGGUCCUGAAAAACAGAGCCUGCAGUUCUGUGUCUACUGGCCGUCCGUGUACUGGACAGAGAAGUUCCUCGAGGACACCACCCUCACGGUCACAGUGCCAGUUGUCUCCCGCCGAGUGGAGGAGCUGGCUCGACCGAAGAGGUUCUACUUGGAAUAUUACAACAACAACAGGCAAGGGCCGGGCGGCCAUCUCAGGGCAGCCAGGCGGGAAACUGCUCUUCCCUGACAGCAGGACCACUCCCAUCUGGCCCAUCCCUCGGUGCACCCUGGAACACCAAGCGUCUGGUCGCCUGAGGGAGCUGGCUACCCCACGGAUCCGGAAUAACAUUUGGAGCAUAAACAUGACUGAGGUAUCUCAGGUAUCCCGGGCAGCCCAGAUGGCUGUUCCUAGUCCGAGGAUCCUGUGCUUGGCAAAGCCCAGGGUUCCAGCCACCCUGUUGGAAGAGUGGAACCCCAUGCCAAAGCCUAAGCCACAUGCGUCAGACUAUAAUCGUCUCCUUCAGUUGGCCGGCUGCUCCCCCAGGGAAGAGAACAGAAGCCAGAGGGGCUGUUGUGCAGAUGCUGUUGCCUGGGGGACUCUUGGGGGCAGGUGUGUUGGCCAGCAAGGCAGGAGCCCAGAGGGAUGUGGUGGGAGAUCUUUAGCCGACAGGACCCCACCCAGGGGGCAGCCCUACCUGGGUGUGCAGCACCACAUAGCGCCCAAGACCCAAUCGGACAAGUGUAUUCCUGACCGUGACCCGCGCUGGAAGGUGCUGGAGGUCACCAAGAAGGCUGUGGCCAGUCCCCGGAUCAUCUCCCUGGCCCAGCCCAAAGUGCGCAAGGACCUCAACGAGGGCUACGACCCCUACCACGUCUCCCCCGCUUCCUUGGUGGCGCGGGCCUCCCCACGCCUGUUUGAGCUCGCCACCCCCAAGAGUAUCACCAAGAAAAUGUGACAGCCAGCCUGCCUGUUCCCAGUAAACACCCAAGUGCAUCCUAACCUUGUGUUCUCUGAGCGUUUGGCCUGGAAGAGGGAGGGAGGCUGGAAGGCGGAGGAUAAAGACAAUAAUAAUAUUUAUGUGUGC